AUGUCGAACAGGCCUUGGUUCGUGCAGGACCCGUUCAUCGCUCUCAAUGCUCGUGAUUUCUGCUUCGACGGGAGGAACAUCACCAAGCAAACGGUGACGGCGGAGUACUCGGACAUGGGCACCUCCGACAUCGCCACCCUCAGGGUCGUCGACGAGUUUGUAAGGCACAUGUACCACGUGUUCGUGAAGGACAACCAGAGCCUGAUCGGGUGGUUCUUGGCCUUCAUUGUGAUGGCGUUGUUGGGGGCGGUUGUCGCGAUGCCAUUUACCGGCUCUUCUUUUGUGGCCGUGAUCGCGUGGUCAGCAGGGCCGUGCCUUCUCUUCCUGGUCCUGCUCGUGUUUAUCCAGUUCAGGGUGUUCGGGCCCCUGACGUUCCACCCGUUCCUGGGCGUGUUCCGCUGGAACUUGCGCGGCUGGCAGGCGUUCGUCUCGUCCUGCUUCGUGAUCGCGCUGUUCGUUCCUAUGUACCAGGAGCUGCGAAGCAUAUGGCACAGAUACUACAGAUACAGCCUGCAGACAAACUUCUUCGCGUGCGGCAGGGACAGGCUCCUGCACGAGCUGCGGGAGUCCGCUUGCUGCCCGCACGUGAUCCUCACGGGGACGGUGAACGACUACAGGACGACAGGCGCCGAGAAGGAGGACACCGUCGCAGAGAUCUCGUUCAGCAGCCUGCACUUGGGCAGCGGCAAGCUCGGCUACUGCAGGAGCCCCCGGUGGGAGAGCCUCAGCAAGCUGACGGCCCUCACCGGCGCGGGGUGCUUGGACGCGGCCGCGCUCAGCCUCAACUCUCAGAGCGCGGCGCUGAAAAUGCGGUUCUGGCUGGAGGUGCUGAACCUCAGCUGGGGGGACUACGUCCUAUUCGGCCAGCACCAGGGGCACGCCUGGAGGUGCGUGGAGGACUUGGGCCGCCGGGCCGCGAAGCGCUGCCCGGGCUGGGAGGGCAUGUUCGUGUACGCCUCGCACCGCAUCACUCCUGGUACUGCCCUUUGCGUCACGUACCUGCUGAUGAACUUAGCCUGGCACCUGAAGUCUGCAGACAUGGCCUUCACCUGCCACUUGGCCAGGACGGUCUCGGUGGCCGCGUUCGGGCUGUUGCUGUUCAUACUGGCCCUCUCGUUCUUCGCCUCCUGCCCCGCCCUGCAGUGGACGAUGUUCUCCCCCUGGCUCCGCCAGAUACACCAGGGCAUCGCGCACCAGUACGAGGGGCCCUCGCCGCCGGGCCUCCUGUACGUCACGGAUGGUGGCGUUGCGGACUGCACGACGCUCGUGCAGCUCAUGAUGCGCGGGAGCGAGCGCAUCUUGCUCGUCCUCGCCGCGGCGGACCCCGACGACGAUCUUGGCGUGCUGCGGGCCGCCAUGGACGUGGCGAGAAAGGAGAAGAUCGGUGGCUUCUUCGACCCCGCGGACGCGAGGCGGGAUGUGAAUAUCCUGUUCGACGAGUUCAAACAAAGCAGGGACAAGACCUGGAUGCACGUGGGCAUCCGGUACGGCUGGGACGGGCCAGAGGCCGGCAGGAAGCUAGGACAUUUGGUGAUAGUGAAGAACAGGCUGCCUGACCAGUUCAAGAGUCGACCGUGCCACCCGCCGCUGACCGAGGACGAAAUCAAGCACGGCCCAGGCAAGACGUCGCGGCGACCGAGCGAAGAUGCCGAGCGACUGGACAUGAACAGCGACGAGCUGGGCCCCUGGGGCUGCUGCGACUGCUGCCACGGGCUGUGCAACUGCGGGCCGAAGUUUCCGCACGGCAACUUCGCAGGUUACCUGUACCUGACGCCCGCGUGGUUCAACGAGCUGUGUCGCCUCGGCUACGACAUCUCCCAGGAGGCCGUCGACGCGCUCUUCACGCUCCGCUUCGAUGAGGGCCUGGCGGCGGCCCGCGCGUGA